CGCGCUGUGGAAAACAUGCGGCUCGGGGGACCCCCCCCCGCAGCCCCCGCUCGGGGGCCGAGCCCUGAGGGGCCCCAGAACAGCCCAGACGUCUUGCAGAUUUGCGAGAGCCCCCAGAACCCGUCAUGGAGCACAAAAUCCCCUUCUCCUGCUCCCACCGCGUCCUCGGGUGUUCAGGGCUCCCCUCCAUCGGGGUGCCCUGAUUCUCCAAGGCGUGGAGGGCUGAGGAUCCUUCCCCCCUUCGGGAGGCACCUCUGAAUCAGGCGGCGGCCGCCCUCCCCAGAAGCCCUCGGCUCCGCCCCACGCCGUUUUCAAGCCGCCUCUCGGGCCUGGACAAGCCGCGCCCUCCUGACAGCCUCCCCUGGGUCCCGACCACGAUCUGCCGAAAGGGAGGGGGGCGGAUCCACACAGUGGAGGGCUGAAGCGCAGGGGGAGGUGCUUCCGGGACAGAGGGCAGGCAAGAUGGCGGCGCCCAUGGAGCUGUUCUGCUGGUCAGGGGGCUGGGGGCUGCCGUCAGUGGACCUGGACAGUCUGGCCGUGCUGACCUAUGCCAGAUUUACUGGUGCCCCACUCAAGGUGCACAAGAUCACCAACCCCUGGCGGAGUCCUUCAGGAACUCUGCCUGCCCUUCGGACCAGUCAUGGAGAGGUCAUCUCAGUACCACACAAGAUCAUCACCCACCUUCGAAAAGAGAAGUACAAUGCUGAUUAUGACCUGUCAGCCCGGCAAGGAGCAGACACCUUGGCUUUCAUGUCUUUGCUGGAGGAGAAGCUGCUCCCAGUGCUGAUACAUACUUUUUGGGUAGACGCCAAGAACUAUGUAGAAGUGACCCGGAAGUGGUAUGCAGAGGCUAUGCCUUUUCCCCUCAACUUCUUCCUGCCUGGCCGCAUGCAGCGGCAGUACAUGGAACGGCUGCAGCUGCUGUGUGGGGAGCACAGGCCUGAGGAUGAGGAGGAGCUGGAGAAGGAGCUAUACCAGGAGGCCCGAGAAUGCCUGACUCUUCUCUCUCAGCGCCUGGGCUCUCAGAAAUUCUUCUUUGGAGAUGCCCCCGCCUCCCUGGAUGCCUUCGUCUUCAGCUACCUGGCCCUGCUGCAACAGGCGAAGCUGCCCAGUGGGAAGCUGCAGGCCCACCUGCGGGGGCUGCACAAUCUCUGUGCCUAUUGCACCCACAUCCUCAGCCUAUACUUCCCCUGGGAAGGAGCUGAGGCACCACCUCCACGCCAGACACCAGCGAACCCAGAGACUGAGGAGGAGCCGUACCGGCGCCGGAACCAGAUCCUAACCGUGUUGGCGGGGCUGGCAGCCAUGGCCGGCUACGCCUUACUCAGCGGCAUUGUCUCCAUCCAGCGGGCACCAUCUGCCCGGGGCCCAGGCACCCAGGCCCUGGGCAUGGCUGAGGAGGAUGAAGAGGAAUGAUUUGUCCUCAUGCUCUCGGGACUGAUUUUUCUACUGUCAUGCAUUCCAGAGGCUCCUAUGUUUCCCCAUUGUUGGUAUGGUGGAAAUGGGGUGCCACCCCCCCUGAAAUAAAACUGCUCACAUGGACUGA